AUGUCCUCAUCUGGCAUUAACUGCCCUCUAACUUGGCAAGGAGUAGGAGAUAUUACAAUUUUCCUAGGACUUGUAAGGAUCAUUUAGGUUGGUCUUACAUUAAUGGAACAUGGCUUAGUCCGAGAAGGUUUUAGCAGUCACCUUCUUCUUAAAAAUUGGCUCCAAUUCUCAGUUGGUAUCGUCGCAUGGUGGCUGUUAGGCUAUGGCUUUGCAUUUGGAAACGUUGAAGAGAGCGAGUUUAUUGGAAAAAAGAACUUUGGAGGUGAAGAUUGGCUACAAGAAAGAGAUCAUAACCAUGGUGCUUGUGCUUCCUUUUUUGCGCUGUGCGGAUUUUUUGUGUUAUUUGUGAUCAACGGCGCUAUAAGUGAAAGAACUAAAUACCAUGUUUAUCAAUGGUAUGCUUGGUGGGUCAUGCUUUUUGCUUGGCCUGUUGUUGUAACGAUGACCCCCCCCUCAAUCUUCAUGUCUAUUGCAACAAAAUUUUUUGAAAAAAUUUUCAUGUCUACUGCAACACAACAUUUUUAUAAAAAAAAUUAAUGCAUUUUUCUCUAGGUGAGUUUCUCAAAAACCCAUAAAACAGCGCUGCUUUAGGCGUGUCAAUGACCUUCUUACCGAGAUUUGGACGGCUAUUGUCAUUGCUCGCUAUUUUAUUUAACUUAUCUAGCUAAAAACUACGGAAAAAUUUAAGAUGCGCAUCGAAAAUUGUUGCAAGAGGAUUAGGAUUAUUACAGACAAGCGCUAGCCAUAUUGACGACGCAGUCACCAAAGACCUCCCGAACGGAAAGGUUCUACCGCUUUUCGGCUCCAGCCCAGAGAAUCUAUCCCUCUUACGAGUGUCCUUCCGGUACCUUCUGUCUCCUCCUUGCCUUGCGGCUUCAGUCUUGAGUGGGCGGCUUAUGGAUCUCUGCGGCCCUGCUACGGGCGAUUGGAGUAGCUUGAUUCCAAGGAUCCUUGGAGUCUAUCGUGUGUCAAAGUGCCUUCCUUGACAGCUACAGGAAAAAAGACUGUUCCCCUGUGGCCUGGCGAAACCCCCAGUUUCUCGAUAGAGGAAUACCCAUGGGUCCUCGGAUUCAAAGGACAUUGUUGAGCAUCUCCAUUCCAACCACAGGAAAGCAGUCAAAACCUACUCGGAUACAUAUCUAUUGAGCCUGCAUUUGAUUCUCGGCUCGGAGUCCGUCCCAGUUCACCGUAGCCAUAAGGUCUGAACUGCUGCGCCAAGAGGGCAGGUUGGCACGUGUCGCCAUUUUAAUGUAUAUAAUUUGUUGCAAGAGACAUGAAAAUUAUUAAUUUUUUUGUAUAAAAUUUUAUAUUAAAAAAUUGCAUUUUUUGUUGCAAUAGACAUGAAGAUUGAAGGGGGGGGGGUCAUCGUUAGCAUGGUCCUGGGGUGGCGGCUGGCUUGAUAUGGAGCUCGACAAGCCUUUAAUUGACAAUGGCGGAGCCAUCAACGUCCAUCUUUUCGCUGGCGCUUUUGGUCUUAUUGGAGCAAUUUUCUUAGGACCAAGGAUUGGAAGAUACUCUUCAUCACCUAGCGUUUUCCACAUGAAAUUCCACGUUGCUUACAUACUUGGGGCUACUUUGGUCAUUUUAGGUAUAUUUGGACUUAACCAGUCCUUAAGUCCUGAUGGUGUUUCAAGAGGCCUAUCCGCAGUUAACACUUGGAUUUGUGCAGGAGUUUCCUCAAUAGUCUCGCUUAAGCUACUUACAAUAUUUUCAACAGACAUUCACACCCACUUAAUCGCAAUUUACCAAGGAUUCAUUGCAGGGAUGAUCUGUGUAUCAAACUCAGCUUACAAUACUACACCAUGGCAAGCUGGGCUCUUAGGGCUUAUCAGUGGAAUCGUUUUUGCAGCUGGCUUUUACUUUUGCAGGUUCAACAAAAUUGAUGAUGUUUUGAACGUCACGGCAACGUUCUUUUUCCCAGGCAUAAUUGGAGGAAUUCUCCCUGGGUUUAUCACUGACGAUAAUGGAUGUUUCUGGCAAGGAAUCUCAGGCCACACCUUAGCGACACAAGUUGUAGGAGUCAUUGUGGUCACUGGAUGGUCUAUGACCUGGGCUGUGAUUCUUUUUGGAAGUAUGGCCGUAUUUAAAGCUUUUAGACUGGAUAAAGAUUUAGAACUAUCAAAACUUAAUACUUGUGAAAUCAAACAAACAGGAUGGAAAUUGCCUGAAGGAGCUGAAAAUACUGCUAGGGAAAGUAAUCAAUCAUAA